GUGCGCAGGGGACCUACGGACACAGAUAACUUUUGUUCAAAUCGCUCCCAAUACAAUAUGCAACAAGCCUGAUUAUCGAUUCCCUAUCGAAGAAAUAGAUAACCUGACUGCUUUUAAAAUAUCACUUUUGUACGGGGCUGCGAAUGGAUGCCAAAAUCGAUAUAUUGCUGUUCAAACUUUUUGCCCCUUCCCCAUGCCUAUUCAUGUCAUUUGUAACGAUUUUUUAUAGAUCUGUUUGUUACUAUAUCAGCGAGGGGAGUCCAUUUUGGUGUAGGCCAUCGCCAAUGCUUCCGUGGUCAUGUGCUAGUACUUCUUCCUUUUAAAAACUACCAGGUCAAAAUCUAACAGGGAGACGAGAAGAAAAAAAAAAGGCUGUCAUAAGACAAGAUGGAGAGUGAUUGUAUCUUAUUAAAUUGGCCCAUGUCAAAAUGCCAAGAAGAUCUUCCCUGCAUGUUGACUGCAUGUCCAUUGCUGGUUGCCUCUGUAUACUAAUGGCAUCGAUGUUUUUGGACUCAUCUUAGUCUUGGUUACUCCCACUUUCAAGAUGACGUACGGAACCAAGAAUUACGGCGCCGUAGCGUCAGCCUACGGACCACUAACUAGAAACAUGCCCAACGUAAAGACGGCAACUGGACAGCAAGACGGAGACAACCAGUGGAAGCAGAAGCAAAAAGUACUUCAUGGUUCUCUUCUUGAGUACACGAAGAGGAUGGACAAGAUCAAACAGGCUCGGAUGGCCAUUUCAAAGAGCAAGGAACAAGGUCGAUUAAGUUCGGUACCACAGCAACGACGGCACUUUAAAAUGGUCUUACCCGGUUUGGACCAACUGGAGCACGACGCACUGUCUUUGACCAAUAAGUUCAUGAGCCAGGCCCAGUUCCAAUCAGCAUCCAGUGCCGCAGAUAAGGUAAUUGAACGGUCUAAGGAGACGUUGCCAUCAGAAGGUGUUAAGUCCAGUAUCUUCAGCAACGAGGUACAGGAGCGGUCAAAGGCAUCCCCGAACUCGUUUAAACAGAACUGGAGAGUUCUGAAGGAUGUUAAGGUCAGGAACAUACCGGUCCUGAAAACGAAAGAUGGUGUUGUUUAUUCAACGGUUUGCCGCCCAGCUAAGAUAAAUCAACCUCAAACAGCAGAGACCUUUGAAGAUACAAGGACCACCAUCGUGAAACUGGACGAGCAAGGGAUUGCCAGUACAAAUGUGACCAAUGAAAACUUCCGGAAGUAUCACCCUGGAAUCUUACCAAUGCCUGGUAUGAAAGGCCCUUACAAGUCCAAGGUUACCCUCCAUGUUUCGUUGCCCCAGAUGGAGAGGGAAUUCGAUGGUGAACCCGACGAGGAAAAUGACACCAACUCCUGCUCCAUCGACUUACCGAACGAUUCGCAAUCGUCAAGCCGCGUUCAGACACCAAACCCUACAAAGAUUGACACCGGACAGGACAUAUCAAGUGCUACUCUUCAAAACAAAGAGAAAUUCGAAGCUGUUUUGAGCAACGAUCCAAUGGAUGAUAGAAACGGUGCAACACGUGAUAAAGAGAAGCCGGGAGAUGUCGCAAAAUCUUUAAAAGGAAGUGACAAACACAAUGAUCGUCCAAAUGAAAAAGGCAAUGUCAAAAGGCAUAUUAAAAAUGAGAAUGCUAAAACUAUUUCUCCUCUUAAGAAAAUAUCGGUUUUGCCGCCGACAUCGAAUUUACCACGCGCGAAUAAGCAUGGUGAAAAGAACCACUAUCCUUGCGCUGAUUGUCCUGUUUGCAAAGCUGAAAUGGAAAGCUCUGAAUCGAAUUCAUCUGUGCUUAAGAAAAAUGACAAGCCAUUGCCAAAUAUCAAGUCGUCAUCUGGCCAAGAUUCGAGCCGCGAGAAAAAUAAAGUUAAAAGAAGCUCUCUACAACAGAUAACCUUACCAGGCGGUGUGAUGAAAUUAGGAAAGGUGACGUAUCACAGGACGUACAAGAUCAAUGUCAGACCAGUACCUCCGCAUAUGAAGCAGAUGGUAGGUGGUGUCAGCAGUGAGCUAACGCUGCAUGAUUCCUUUGCAGAUGCAGUCAAAGGCACCGAUGUUCUCAAGGAAGCCGAACGAACUAUUCGCUUUGAAAAGAACCGCAAGGAGAACCAAGAACGGAGGAAGAGAUUUACCAAUGAGACGAAGCCGAUGCAACCGUUGUGCAGACACGGUCGUUUCGUGCAGGAGUGUUACACGUGUAGAGCUGUUGAAGAGAUCCGUCAAAGAUUAAACAGCUCUUACAGCCGUAGCGAGCAGCAAUACCAAUGGAACCUACUGUCGAAACACGAACGGCACUUGACGCAGAAUGGCAGUAGGCCUAUGUCGAACGUAAAACCACCACUGCGAAAGAACGCUCCGUACAGGUUAUCCGCAAUCUCUAAACCUACCGAUACUGUUCAUGCUGCAGAAGACAGUAAUGCACCCCCUGGUGAACCUGGUGGUAGGGUCAUCACUGAAAAGGAAGAAGGACGUGCCAAUCCUCAAGGUUUGCUCCCGAAACAUGCAGAAGGCAAUAUCGACGAGAACUGUGGCAAUGUGUCGAAUGAGAAUGAAGAAUUGGCGAACAAAAAGGUCCGAUUCGCUGAGGAAAGAAUAUACGAUCCCAUGAGGGGGUCCUACAGACAGAGCAAUAAUUCGAACAAUGAACAGAUGCUUUUAUCGCCCCUUAAAAACUGACAAGAUUUAUUGUCAUUUUUUCCGUUUAUUGAAUAAGGUAUUAAUGUAUUAUACAGUGGCGUAAUGAGCAACAGAAUUGAGGGGCCAGAUAUGGUGAAUCGCGUAAAAUUAAUGAAAAAAUUGCGAGCGAGCGAAGCGAUCGAGCAAAAACUUCGACAUUUAUUACAAAAGUCCAAUUUGGAGAUAUAUUUUGACAUGACAUUCAGAAAAUAACAUCAUGUUUCACCCUUCUCUCUUUCCUUUUUUUUCUUGGUCGUGAAAAAUUAGGGGGGCAUACAGCAGUGCUAUUCGACAUAAUCAUGUACAUAGAGGCCUAAAAUGUAUGGACCAGUGGCGUGAAAAAAAAAAGAGAAUGAGGGGCGAGACAUGGCGUAUCGGGCAAAAUUUAUUCUCCAUUUGUUUUUCUUGGUCGUGAAAAAACAUUUUUGGGCAAGCUUCCCUAAGACUGUAAGCCACUGUAAUGUACUCCAUAUGUAUUUUACGUGCUGUGUAAUUUAAAAUGAGCCUAUUCAUGUUAUAUCGUAAAUAUCGUGAUUACUGUUAUGUGCAUACUACUAAGCAAUGCUUUUGUCUUUCAAUCAUUCUAUCAGCUGGGCUGAUUCAGGGAAAGAUGUUAAUAGUAGUAACAUUCUAUCAAGUGAUUGAUGUGGCCUGCAGCUCCUGUAAACCAAUCUGGGGGCUCGUUGCGCAAAGUAACUGCGCGCUUGAUCAGUGUCAUGCGAGUGAGCAAAACGAGCAAGUACACUUUACAAAUACAAAAAGCGAAAAAUGAUGGAAAAGGGUAGAAAAGGGCCGAGGAAUGACACCAUCUUCCACCCUCAUCAAAAACACUGCCUCUCCCCGACCCUUUUAAAGGGAAAUUCAUGAAAGGAACAUGCGAACAUAAUUCUUCGUUUUCACCUACAAAUUGCAGAAGCUCUAUUGCGAUAUGCUCAGUCGUUUCGUUCCCUCACCCGCUCCGUAGACUCCCCUGCAAAUGUAUGAUCAUAAACAUGUUGAACGUAAUGAUAUUCUUGCUAUCUUGAAAAAGAAAUUAUAGCCUUGUAACGAAUUGUAAGACAGGAUUAAUUGCAAAUAUAUCUAUAUUCUUAUAUAGAGUAUAUUUAUUGUUGUUUAUUUACUCAUUGUGUUCAUUGUGUUUAGCAUGUACCCAAUAUGUUAUAUUUUCAGAAAAUAUGCAAUCAGUGACAGUGGCAUGUGGUACUAGAAACACCAUCAAUGUAUCAUUCAAAUACUAAUAAAUCCCCCUUCGGGUCAUAUUA